AUGGAUUUCUCUCACCAGUACUUUGCGCAAACCCAGCCCUACCAGUUCAUGGGCAUCCCGCCGCUCACGCCAUCCCAUUCCAAUUCGGCGGGCUCGGACGAUUUCAACACGACAUCUCCACCGGACGUCUACGCCGAAUAUCCCAACGACCAACACUUCAGCGCCUUUGAUAACUAUUCUGCUGCCCAGUUCAACCCACAGCAGACUUCUUUCCCCGGCCCUCCUGGCCCCCCCACCCCUCCGAACCAUGGGCUGCCCGUCCAACAGCCCGUCCAGCCGACACAGCACAACGGAAUGAGUGCUCCUUCGAUGCAACAGAUCAAGGCCCAGCCCGACGUCAUCCUCCACAAGCAGGAACCUCUCGACGAUCAUUCCCGUCGGGGCCAGUCGAACUCGGACGAUGAAGACCUGACGCCCGCCCAGUCGAGGAGGAAGGCCCAAAACCGCGCUGCGCAACGCGCAUUCCGAGAACGCAAGGAGAGGCACGUCAAAGACCUGGAGGCGAAGCUUGCGAACCUCGAGGCGGAAGCACAGCAAAAGUCGACGGAAAACGAGCGGCUCAAGCGUGAAAUGCAAAAGAUCAGCACCGAGAACGAAAUCCUCCGCGCCACCUCCUCCUUGAACGGCCAUCACAGCAGCUCCUCCCCCGAGCCCCGGACAACGGGUCCCAUGCACUACAACCCCAAAGACUUCUACUCCGACCUCCUCGCUCCGCACAACAACAAGACGCCCAGCCAUCGGGUCGCCAUUUCGUCAGAUGGGGAGCGCUUGCUCGCCGCCGGCGCUACGUGGGACUUCAUCAUCAGCCACCCGCUGUUCAAGAGGGGGUUGGUGGAUGUGGGCGACGUGAGCGAGCGGCUGAAGAACCAAGCUCGAUGCGACGGUCAGGGCCCGGUCUUCUCCGAGCGCUCCAUCAUCGAGGCCAUCCAGAGCAGCGUCGCCAGCGGAAGCGACGAGCUGCUCUAG